AAACGACAGCAGCAACCGGCUAACUCGCAUUCGCCGAGAGAACCGACAACUGAAGCUAUUGCAAAAUAAAUUAUACUUAUAAACAAAAUGAGUUGUUUGACUGAUUGUUUGUUGUGUCCAAUACUUUUAUGGCCAGCUAUUAUUGGUGGAGCUGCGUAUUUUCUGAGAAAAUACAUGCAGGGCGGUCAGUUCACCAAGCAGACCGAUGAGUCCGGCAAAGUAUUUAUUGUCACCGGUGCCAACACCGGAAUUGGCAAGGAGACAGUCCUGGAGAUUGCCAGGCGGGGAGGAACCGUAUAUAUGGCUUGCCGGGAUAUGAACAGGUGUGAAAAGGCCCGCCAGGAAAUUAUCAGGGAGACGAAUAAUACCAACAUAUUCGCCCGUCAAUUGGACUUGAGUUCACUGGAAUCCAUUCGUAAAUUCGCUGCAAGUUUCAAGAAUGAGCAGGACAAGCUCCAUGUCCUGAUCAACAAUGCAGGAGUUAUGCACUGCCCCAAAUCUUUGACCAAGGAUGGUUUUGAAAUGCAGUUGGGAGUUAACCACAUGGGUCACUUCCUGCUUACUCAUCUGCUGCUGGACGUGUUAAAGAAAACCGCACCUAGUCGCAUCGUAAACGUAUCCAGCCUGGCACACACACAAGGUUCCAUCAAUGUUGAUGACUUAAACAGUGAAAAGUCAUAUAGUAGAAUCGGUGCUUAUAGCCAAAGUAAAUUGGCCAACGUGCUGUUUACUCGAGAAUUGGCCAACCGUCUGAAGGGAACUGGAGUCACCACCAAUUCCCUGCAUCCCGGUGCUGUGGACACGGAGCUGCUAAGGAAUUGGAAGUUCUUGGAGAACAGCUUUGUGAAGUACUUGGUCGGGCCCUUGCUUUGGACGCUCUUCAAGACACCAAAAAUGGGAGCCCAGACAACUCUCUACGCUGCCCUGGAUCCUGCACUAAAGGAGGUCUCUGGACUGUACUUCAGCGACUGUCAACCAAAGGAUGUGGCAGCCGCUGCUGAGGACGAAAAAACUGGAAAGUUCCUGUGGGAAGAGAGCGAAAAGUGGACAGGCGUGAAUACAUCUAAGAAAGAUUAAAAAAUGAUAUAUGCCAGCACCCGCCCUUUCAUUAUUUAAUAUUUUAAUAUUUUAUAUAUGUAUAUAAACGAGUUUAACAAGGCAACUGUGAAAGCCAA